UGCGUACAGUAAGCUUGACAAUGUCUGGUGGAUCGUUGCAGGCGUCAAAGUUGCUGCUGGCAGGGCGCGGUCCCGCAUUUCACACUACAGAGUAAAAGCAGAUUCAGUGCGAGAAUUCCAUGACUAUCUAAUGCCGACUUCAUCUUGCAUCAGGGCCUGGAAUUUAGAGUUUCUAGGGCCAUACAUAUGCUACACGAGUUCUAUGUGGGAGACAUUGAAUAAGCAUAAGACAAUACCCUAAGGUUAGUUGAGCAGAGCCAACGGAAUUGGCUCUUCCGGUAGUCGGGCCUCUCAAAAUGAGCGCUCCGUCUAGAACUACGGUGGCCGAGUCACCAGCAGAACCAAUCCAGAUGGAGAUGUCGACAGAAAAGAAACCGGUGGUCUGUUUUUUGGGACCUGAGACCUCUUAUACACACCAGGCAGCGCUACAGACUUUUCCGCCGGAGCAAUUCGAGCUCCAACCUGUACAGACCAUCAAAGAUGUCUUCGACACAACUCAAUCCGGCCCCGCGUCAUACGGCGUGGUGCCCUUUGAAAACUCAACCAACGGCUCCGUGGUCUUCACCCUGGACCACUUCGCGGACCGCGAGGCCCGGUACCGAGAUCUGAGCGUCUGUGCAGAGGCAUAUCUGGACGUGCACCACUGCCUGCUGGGAUAUCUCCCUCCUGCCUCGGCGGAGCCCACAACGCCACCGCCCCAGUCCGAUGGAUCGGUGACCGGGCAGAAACAGCCCGCGAUGCCUCUCGCCUCCCUUGGUCAUGUCAAGCGGGUCUACAGCCACCCGCAGGCCUGGGGCCAGGUCACCCGCUUCAUGCACACGUAUCUCAAGGGCAUCGAGACCAUCGAUGUCAGCUCGACGAGCAAAGCCGCCGCACUCGCCAAGGCCGACUCCAGCGGGACGAGCGCGGCGGUCAGCAGUGCGCUAGCGGGCGAGCUGCAAGGCCUCGAUUUCCUGGCCAGGAACAUCGAGGACCGGGAGGACAACACCACCCGCUUUUUCGUGCUGAGGAAGGGCACGGGGAAGCAGGGCAGUGACAUUCCCGAACUGGAAGGCCGGGUCCCGGGAAGAAGGGGUUUGGUGGAGGAGGACAAGAAGAAGAGUCAACAACCGAGGACAAAGUCGCUGGUCUCCUUCACAGUGCCGCAUGCGGCUCCCGGCGCCCUGGCUGAUGUGCUGGAGUGCUUCAGGAAGGGCGGGCUGAACCUCACGAGUAUCAACAGCAGGCCGAGCCUGAGCGAGCCCUUCCAGUAUGUCUUCUUCGUCGAGUUCGAAGGGCACAAGUUCGAGGACCCGGAGGGGAAGGUACAAGAGGUUCUUGAGGGUGUGGGACGCGUCGCGCAGAGCUGGCGCUGGUUGGGAAGCUGGACCAACAUGAGGGCCUGAUGGGGGAUCACUUAUUCAUAUGCAGGAUUCUGAUACACACAAGUGGUUACAUAGGAAUGGGCUCUGGGAAAUCUCUUCAAAUGAGGUGUAGCAAAUCCUUUGCUAGAUGGGGCAUACGCUGGGUAUUUUCACUCUUUUCUAAGCGCAGAUACAUACAAAAUAAGAAUUACCUAUCAGUUGUCAGCCCAGCCCAUCUUACUAUAAGCC